UAAACGAGAAAUAAAAUAAGACAGGAAACGGAGGAAAGAGGAAAAGAGAAGAAGAAGAAAAGCAAAAAUAAAAGAGAAAGAAAAUAAUAGACAAAAAAAACGAGAAAAAACUUGAAAAAAUGAAAAGUUAAAAUUAAACGAGAAAUUAAGAAGACAGGAAACGGAGCGAAGAGGAAAGAGGAAUAAACGAAGAAAAAGAAGAAGAAAAGCAAAAAAAUAACAAAAGAGAUAGAAAAUAAUAGACGAAAAAAAAAACGAGAAAAAGGUUGAAAAAAAAAGAAAAGUUAAAAUUAAACGAGAAAUAAAGAAGACAGAAAACACCGAAGAGGAAAAAGGAAUAAACGAAGAAAAAGAAGAAAAGCAAAAAAAAUAACAAAAGAUAAAGAAAAUAAUAGACAAGAAAAAACGAGAAAAAAAGAUUAAAGAAAAAAUAAUUGGAAGAAGUUAGAAAGAAAGAGAAUAGAAAGAAGAAUGAGAUAGAAAGGAAUAAAUAUAAUAAAAAGUGAGAAAGAAAGAAAAUAAAGAAAAUAAUACAAAAGAAGGGAAAGGAAAUUAGAAAGUGGGAAGGAAGGAAAAGAAUUGGCAGCACUGCGCACCUGUAUUGUUUAUAAGGGAGACUUGGCAACGCUGCAUCUGUGUGUGUGUGUUUGUGCGUGCGUGUGUGUGUGUGUGGUCAAGCUCGGUGGACUUGCUACGGUUUUUACCUCCUGCUUUCUUCCUCCACCUCCUCCUCCACUUCGCUUUCCUCCACAUCCUCCUCCUUGACCUUGAUUUCCUUUCCUCCACUUCUUGUUUUGCUUUCCUCCAUCUCCUCCACUCCUCUUGAUUCCCCUUCCUCCUCCUCGUCCUCCUCCUCCUCCUCCUCCUCCUCCACUUUGAUUUUCUCUCCACUCUCUCCAUAAGUUCCUCCACCUCCCGAUCUUUAUUUUUUUCUCUCUCCUCCUCUUCCUCUCUCUCUUUCUCUCUCCUCCUCUUUUUCUCUUUAUUUCUCAUUUUUAUUAUUCAAUUUUUUCCUCUUUCCCUUUCUCUUCUUCCUUGAGUAAUCUUAUUUUUUUCCCUCCUCCUCCUCCUCCUCCUCCUCCUCUUCGUCCUUCUCUUUCAAACUCUCUUCCUCCUCCUUUAUCCUCCUCCUCCUCCUCCUCAUAUAUAAUUCUUGCCCUAGUUACUGUCUCCUCCUCCUGCUCCUCCUCUUCUUCCUUCCUCCUCUUCCUCUUCCUCUUCCUCCUCCUUAGCCCGGCCGGCCACACACACACACACACACACACACACGCAUCCUAUGGUAUCCUACGCGUCCUGCCCGCCUCCUUCAUCCUUCAGCUGAUGUGUUAGUGAUGGUGUGUCCAGGGGUGAGUGCAGCGGGCGGGGAGGGACAUGAGGUCGUCUGUGAGUGUGAUCCUGUCCACCCCGCCGCCCGUCACCACCAUGAGCUAUCCAGACUAUACCACCAGCCCGCACCACCACCAGACCCUGCUUGUGCUCGUCAGACAAGUGGGGUCCCAAUUAAAGAGCCGCUCGUUCCAUAAGCUGUACGAGCGGAUCAGUCGCGUCGGCCACGUCAAGGUCAACGACUCCAAUGGCACCCAGCGGCCAGUGUGGGUCACCUACCGACGCGACUACCCCCUCGAGAACAAUGACUGGGGAGACUUCCAGACCCACCGCAGAGUCCUGGGCAUCAUCACUAUAGGUCAGGUCGGCAGCCAAAGUGACCUCAACGACAUCUGUAAGCAGCAUGAGAGCCUGAAGGUCAAGUACUCGUCCACCUUGUACGACUCUCGCUGCAUCAUCCUGGGACUCAACCCUGAUGGCACCCUGUACGAGGCGCCAUCACAGGGGCCCUCGCGCAGCACCUCCCCGGACCCUAAUGGCACCCCGGACCCCGGCGGCGCACAGCAGGGUCCUGUCACGGCCAUCAACGGUCACGCGCAUAUCAAGAAGGUGUCCGCCGGGAGCACGGACCGAGACAGCGGCGUGUACGAGACUCUUGCUGCCGAGGAGAAGCCGGCGGACUCGGACACGCACUCAGAAGGCGCGACGGACCUCAAGAUCGACACAAACCAUGUCAACGGGUCAGACUCCGGCAGCGAGAGCACCAGCGAGGCGUGCUGCUGCGAGGAGGGCAAGGUGGACUCCCCGAGGGAUUCCGCUCUCGACUCCGCCCACGACACCAGCCACUCCUCCAUGAACUCCUCCAGCUCCCAGGCCUCCCGUGUGUCCCUGCAGCCGCCCUCCAACUUCAAGACAAGGGCGCUCUUCUACCCCACUGGAGACCACGCGGUGAACAUCGAGAGCCAGCUGCAGGAGUUCGUGAGCUCCCUGUUCUGGGUGCUGGAGUCUAAACGCCUCGAUAAGAGUCAGGAGAAACUGGAGAGGCCGCCACUUCUCUGCGCACCUUUCGAACGCAAGGACUUCAUUGGUUUGGACAUGGACUCACGCACCAACAAGAAGCGGUGUGCUGGGCGGCUGAGGAAGCAGCUGGCGGACCUCACCCUACAGGCCGGUCUGCCCGUGGAGGCCAUCGUGCACUACAGCCACGCGGCGGACACACUGCGCAACUGUAACGACUGGCUCUGGCUCGCAGCCUGUUUUGAGGGCCUGUGCGCAGCGUCCGUGGUGAUGCUCUACCCAAACCUGCGGAAGGGUGCGGGGCUGCAGCGGUACUCUAGUCUGGGGGUCGGCGGCAACCAGGGCGGCGUGGGCAGUACCGGGAGCAGGAGUCGGAAUGGGUCCAUCAACACCAACUCGCUGCCCACGGGUCUGGAGCCAACCAUCGUCAAGCAGACCAGCAAACACUGCCUCUCCCCGGACGACAUCGUGGACAAGUACCGGGAGGCCAUCGUGCACUACAGCAAGUACCGCAACGCUGGUGUGGUGGAGACGGAGGCAAGCAUCAAGGCGGUCCACGUCCUCAUCGAGCAGCGGCGCUACCUCAUGGCGGCAGAGUUCCUCUCCAACGUAGUGUUCAUCAACCUGCAGCUGUCUGAUGAGGAGAAGAUCGCUCGCUUCAACUCCCUGGCGGACCUGUACCACCAAGUUGGGUUCCAGCGUAAAGCUUCGUUCUUCCGGCGGGUGGCAGCCAUGCGGUGUGUGGCCCCCCAGAACCAGCAGCCAGACUGGGGCCAGUGUUACCGCCUCCUCCUGCAAACCCUGGAUGGCUAUAAGGUCUGUCUGGACCCCCUCGAGUUCCAGAAAGAUGGUAGUCAAGGAUGGCCGUCCCUGCAGAUUCAGAUCCUGCAGGAGUUGGUGGGCACGUCGCGGAGGAUGGGCCAGAACGCACUUUGCACCCGCCAUCAAGCCUUCCUGGUGUGCGCCAUGCUGCCCCACCUGAAUGACACGGAACGACAGGAGACUGCGGCCAUGCUGGAGUCCCUCAGUGCUCGCAGCGGCAGCGGCCCGGCGCCCUUAGUUGUGCAGGAGACGGGCAUCAUCAUCCCUGCCGUCAACUUCCUCAACCUGCCCGUCUGUCGGCGAGUGCGCAUCGUGUCGCCAGCAGGAGGCCGCAAGGCAGAGAAGAAAGCCUCGCUGAUCCCUGAGGACGACAACGGGCCCUUCAUCUUCUCCCCCUUCACCUCCCUCACCAACAGCAACGAAAAACGCUCUCAGGGGAAAGUGGACUUUGAUUGGGUGGAGGGAGACGUGUGUGAGAUUAGCCUGGACCUGGAGAACACUAUGCCUUUUGAACUCAAGAUAACAAACAUGACUCUCAUCACGGAAGCGGUUCAGUUUGAGUCUUGGACAUCCACCAUUGUGCUGAAGCAUGAGCCGGGGCCCCAGCCAGUGACCCUGAGGGGGAGGCCACAGGGGUCGGGGGAGCUGCUGGUCACGGGGUACUCCACCACGGUCAUGGGGGUCACCAGCAACUGUCGCUUCAAGUUCCUGCCGCACCUCAAGACCCCGCAGUACACCAUCAAUGUUGUGCCUGCGCUGCCCAUGAUACAGAUCCUCUCUGGUAACAGCAGCACGGGCAGCCUCGGGGCGGAGCGGGCGGUGGGUGAGGAGUGCGGCAGCCUCCACCUGUCCCUGUCCGCCGGGGAGACCCAUGAGUGCUCGGUGGUGCUGCACAAUGUCUCGUCUCAGCCGGUGGAGGAGCUCAACAUCACCCUGGAGUCAAAGAUGGACAAGGAUCUGCUGCACCAGGUGUUCCAGUACAGCCGUGAGAACCUUGAGGCCCAGCUGCCCAUCCCCCCCGGCGGCCGCGCCUCCCUCACCCUCUACGUGUACGCCGCCUGUGACUUCCUUGCCCCGGGCCGGCUGGACGAGUCCCUGGAGACCACCAGCCUGAUGUCCGGCAGCGAGCCGCCCUCCCUGGUGUCUGGCGGGCCACCCUCACUGCCCUCCAGACAGUCCAUGGCGACAUCCAGCACCCGGGCAGCGCCGCGCGCCCGCCGGGCCGACUCCUCCGCCUCACUGCUGUCCUCGCGCUCCGGCUCCAGUGUGCGGUCAGGCUCCUCAAACUCCACCCAGGCUGCCUCCUCCAGUGUGAGGACCCGCGUCACCGCACCCACGCCAGGGUGCAGCAACAGGGUCCUGGAGGCUGUGCUGCAGGUGAAGUACUCCGGUGGUGCCGGGAUGGGCGCCGAGUACCUCCGCAGCACCCAGGUGGGCGUGGCGGUGGAGGUGACGCCCUCGCUGCAGGUGACGCGCUGGGACGUGCUGCCGGCGGAGCUGCCCCACCAGUGCUACGUGGUGCUGGACCUGCUCAACUGUGCCGCCCAUGAGAUGGACCUCCACUACACGCCCACCAAACACAUCCUCGUCGAGGCCGGGGACUCCUGCCGCGUCCCCGUCCCGGUGGACCGCUGCCCCCUCGCCACCCUCACCGAGGAUGGCCGGGAGAGUGAGAGUGGGUGGGGCUGGUCUGAGGUGCUGGGGGGCCACGUGGCCUCUCUGGUGGAGCUGCGGUGGACUCUGGGCCCCAGCGACACCCCUGGACGGGCCUCCCUCUCUGGCAUCACCUUCCCGCCCUCCACGCAUGACCUCAUCACCAUGGCUCCGAUACACUGGGACGUGCAGAUGGAUGGGCUGGAGGUUGUGGGCGGGACAGAGAACAGCGGCGUGGUGGGUCGCCCGCUGCAGCUGGGCGUGGGCAUCACCAACACCAGUGGGGCGCCCCUCCCCCCCCUCAGCCUGCGCAUCACCGCCUUCCAGGACCACCAGAACGGCCACCUGAACUACCGCCUGGAUGCCAAGAUGACCACCAUCGGUGCCACCAAGCUCACCACACCCGAGCUGAAGGAGGGCGAGGAGUUCCGUCACUGCUGCGGACUGGUGUUCUUCACGGCCGGCGUCUUCAAGGUGGAGGUGACGUGCUCCCCUGCGGCGGCGGCGGCAGCGCAGACGUCCUUCUACGAGAACAUCACGCCGGCGCACCAACACGCCUGGAAGUUUGCGCCGCCGCUUGAGAUCACCGUGACAGACGUGUGAAGCCGGAGACAUGCCGAGAGGGUGGUGCAUGCCAGGGAUGGAUAGGUUGUCACUGGGAAACGCUGCAAACAGACGAAGGGAAACUGCAUGCAACUACUAGACAUGUAUUCAAGACCUCCAUGUAGAUACGUUGUUUUGUGUGAGCCUUUUUAUACGGGGAUUAACUGUACCGAGUUGACCUGCAUGUGACUUGUAGAUUCACUGUACACUCAAGACCUCAGUGCAGAUAAGUUGUUUCAUAUGCGCUUUUUUAUGAAGGUGGACUAAAACAGCUCAAGACUGGCAUGUAUACUAACCAGUAGACUCACUCUAUGCCCAAGACCUCAACGCAGCACUCGUAACGUAGCGCAGCAGUGGGACGGGUUGUUUUGUCUCCUAAUCCUAACCCUGGAAACAGUAGCAGUAUUUCCCGAUGCAGUAUUACACUGGUGGUCUUCCUCCUGGUACUGCUGAAAGCCUGCUGAAGUUCCUGCUACUGUGAGGAGUGUUGGAACUCACCCUCGAAUGCCUGUGUUAGCAAGACCCAUAGAGGCAGUAGUUGUGUCCGUGAUGUCACCCUCGUAGCCACCCUCAGGACUAACACUCCAGAUACUUCUUCAUGGUUGUCUUCUCGCUGGAGUACUACUUGGUGUUUACUAUUCAGAGGUGUGGUAAAAAUGCAUUUUUCACUUGUGGUCAGAUUCAAACCAUUGGCUCUGGAGGGCAGACAGACAGUGUGUGUGCUGCCCGGCCACUCGGCGCUCCCACCGGCCCCAUCAGAGGAGGCGGUGGGAACCUUCGCUCAGAAACUUGCCUUGAUUCAGCGGCACUCUCAUAAGGGUGUGAAAUUAUACGACAAAAUACUGUAUGAUAUGAAUUGCAUUAAUACAACCAAAGUACCAUAGAGUGAUAUGUAUAUUGAGCACAGUUUAUAUAGUUGUAUCUUAAGGUGCCCUGAUGAUAUACUGAUUGAGAUGUACAACAGCACAAUAUUUGUGCAUUUUGAAUUUUGUGAUAUGUAUAUUUGAGUGUAUGAUAAUGUAAAAAAGGAAUGUAACUAGAGCCCUCACUAGUUGUUUAGUUAGUUGUUUUCUGCUUCAUUUUGCAACGUUUUUACGAGUGAAUUCUUACACAUCCAGAAAAAUGUUUUGAUGUUUGAGGUGUGACUCGCCUUCCGCCAUCUCUUCCUCACCACCGAAAGAAACGGAAAUCUUUCACCAAAUACUCAAACACCUUCCUUCCAUCAAGGGGUCACCACCACCACUACCUCUUAGCUUACUGUUUACUCUGUUCACUCAGAUACGUUGCUUUACAGCUGCCUUGGUGCCUAACAAGAACAAAAGUCAACUUCUUCUUACCCUCAGUUCAGCAGCCACAAGUCCUUCAUCUCCCCCUUUACUGCAGCGGCUUGACUCUUUUCUUCACUUAGCUGAAGGUGUUGUGGGCCGUGUUGUGUUGUCCUCGGGUUGCUCUCAUGGGCUCGGACAGACCCUGCCCCUCCACCUGACACACCCAUGUGCUGUACACACAAUGAAGAGUGUUACUGAAACACUUGAUGCCAGGCAUUUCCUCCCAAGACACAUUCCUCAGCUACAGUAACACCAUGACAUUAGGAAUCUAAGUGGCACUGGUGACCUUUCUGAAUAAUUAAACAGGAGUAAUAUACAGGCAUGUUGGGGACGGUGCUUGUCUUGUCUUGUGACAGUGAACAAAGCUGGGUUAUGGUCCAAUGAUAUUAAGUACUUUAAGAAUACUUCACCUCAUAACCAUAAUCUAUCCCAUGAUCUGGCCGUGCUGUCUAUCUAGUAACUUAAAAACAGGAAUAAGCAGUCUUAGUUGUCAAGGGCAAAUGAGUACCUGUGAACUUUUUUUGGUGCUGGAGAGAACUUGAGGUGCUGCAAACUGUAGUGCGACUCAAGAGAGUUUGAAGUCAUGUAUAAUAAUGCCAUAACUGAUUUAUCUGUGCUUCAUAAUCUGAUAGAGUGUUUAAAGUUGUUAAAGUCAUGAGUUUGUAUUAUCUAAAGAACCUCAGUCCCCACACAACAAGUUUAUUCAGGUGUUUAUGCACAAGGUACUUUUUAUAUGUUAAGCUGUAGUGUGUGGGGAAGGUGGUCAAGUCAGGUCAGUUGAGGUGAGUGAGGUCAGGUCAGGUGCCGGGUUAUAGCUUGGUUCCACUUUUCUUUAGCCCUCCACGCCUUCACCAUUCAGCUCCACGCUACACUCUGGGCUUCUCUGAUGCUUCACAAACUUAAGAGGGAUGAAGGACAUGCUUUCCAACCUCUCUGUAUCUUCUAUUGUGCUGCAGAAUUUCCUUCAGCUCAAACUCUUACUUCUUGAGCAAUAAGAUUACUAGUGAGAGAUUACUGGACUGUCCGCGUGUGUGUGUGUGUGUGUGUGUGUGUGUGUGUGUGUGUGUGUGUGUACAGGUGGCGUGCCAAGAUGCGUGUAGCAGGAAGGGCGUUGCCGCCCCUUAUGUGCCUGGCAGUAACCACGUGGGUGCGUAGUGUGUGUUAAGGCUUGGGUUUUCUUGCGUCUCACCGAUUCCUUCAUAUUUAUAAAGUUUGAAAGACAAAUUUGGACUUUUUUGUAUUUUGGUUCGUGUUUAUGAUUUUUUUUAACAUUUUGAUAUGUUCCUCCUGAAAAUCACACCAUAGAUAUUAUUGUAAAUCCUCUCUAUAUUGUUAUAUCUGUAUAUAUGUUCAUAUGAACCUAAUAAAAUGUCAAUUUAGU